GAACAACUAAUCUCCUAUUCUCAUUUUCCUCUCGGCACCGCUCCAGUGUUAUGGAGGACGGGAAAGCCUGACCAGGGGCAGCUACCACAACAACCUGAAGAAAGAAGGAACUCAAAGAUCAGUUCCUGUGAUCAAGAGCUUUCUUCUUUCUUCUCUUAAACAAGGUCCUGGUUUGUUAUUUUGUUUUCUGGAUUGUCCGUAGCCAUGGCUUCCGAUGGCGACACCUCUUUGGAGCAGAUCAAGAACGAGACUGUUGACCUUGAGCGCAUCCCCGUGGAGGAGGUUUUUGAGCAGCUGAAAUGUACGAGAGAGGGUUUGACAACAGCAGAAGGAGAGAAAAGGCUCGAAAUCUUUGGCCCCAACAAGCUUGAAGAGAAGAAAGAAAGCAAAUUUCUCAAGUUCUUGGGCUUCAUGUGGAAUCCUCUGUCGUGGGUGAUGGAGGCUGCUGCUAUCAUGGCCAUUGUUUUGGCCAAUGGAGGAGGCAAGCCUCCAGACUGGCAAGACUUCGUUGGUAUUGUUGCUUUGCUUUUUAUCAACUCAACCAUCAGUUUCAUUGAGGAAAACAACGCUGGCAACGCGGCAGCUGCUUUGAUGGCUGGUCUUGCGCCCAAAACCAAGGUGUUGAGAGAUGGAAAAUGGGAUGAGCAAGAUGCAGCAAUUCUAGUACCAGGAGAUGUAAUUAGUGUCAAAUUGGGAGAUAUCAUCCCAGCGGAUGCUCGUCUCUUGGAGGGUGAUGCACUCAAGAUUGAUCAAUCUGCCCUCACUGGUGAGUCCCUACCUGUUACCAAGAAUCCAGGUGAUGAGGUCUUCUCUGGAUCCACCUGCAAACAAGGUGAGAUUGAGGCUGUUGUCAUUGCCACCGGUGUCCAUACCUUCUUUGGCAAGGCUGCUCACCUUGUUGACAGCACCAACAAUGUUGGUCACUUCCAAAAGGUGUUGACUGCCAUUGGUAACUUCUGUAUCUGCUCGAUUGCUGUGGGAAUGCUCAUUGAGAUCAUAGUGAUGUACCCAAUCCAGCACAGGAGGUACAGAGAUGGUAUUGACAACCUGUUGGUGCUUCUCAUUGGAGGAAUCCCGAUCGCCAUGCCUACAGUCUUGUCUGUGACAAUGGCUAUUGGGUCUCAUCGCUUGUCAGAGCAAGGUGCCAUCACCAAGAGGAUGACUGCCAUUGAAGAAAUGGCAGGAAUGGAUGUCCUGUGCAGUGAUAAGACCGGGACCCUCACCCUCAACAAGCUAACAGUAGACAAGAGUCUCAUUGAGGUGUUCGCAAGUGGAAUUGACAAGGACACCCUUAUGCUGCUUGCUGCAAGGGCUUCCAGGGUUGAAAACCAGGAUGCCAUUGACGCUUCAAUUGUAGGGAUGUUGGGCGACCCCAAAGAGGCAAGGGCUGGAAUCACUGAGUUACACUUCUUUCCCUUUAACCCUGUGGAUAAGCGUACUGCUAUUACCUACAUCGACAGUGAUGGUGAGUGGCAUCGUUGCAGCAAGGGCGCUCCUGAGCAGAUCAUUGACCUUUGUGGGCUAACUGGAGAGUUGAGGAAGAAGGCGCUUGGUGUCAUUGACAACUUUGCUGACCGUGGCCUUCGCUCCUUGGCAGUUGCUAGACAGACAAUUCCAGAGAAAACAAAGGAGAGCGCUGGAGGACCUUGGGAGUUUGUGGGUCUUUUGCCUCUCUUUGAUCCUCCAAGGCAUGACAGUGCUGAGACUAUUCGACGGGCCCUUGACCUUGGCGUUAAUGUUAAGAUGAUCACUGGUGACCAGCUGGCCAUUGGCAAAGAGACUGGUCGCCGACUUGGCAUGGGCACUAACAUGUAUCCUUCUUCCUCCCUCCUUGGCCAGAGUAAGGAUGAGGCUAUUGCCGCCAUUCCUGUUGAUGAGCUCAUUGAGAAGGCUGAUGGAUUUGCGGGAGUCUUCCCUGAGCACAAGUACGAGAUUGUUAAAAGGCUCCAAGAUCGCAAGCACAUCUGUGGCAUGACAGGAGAUGGUGUCAAUGAUGCCCCAGCACUUAAGAAGGCAGAUAUUGGUAUUGCGGUGGCUGAUGCAACUGAUGCUGCCAGGAGCGCUUCAGACAUAGUCUUAACCGAGCCAGGAUUGAGUGUUAUUGUGAGCGCAGUGUUGACAAGCAGAGCCAUCUUCCAGAGGAUGAAGAACUACACAAUUUAUGCUGUUUCCAUCACAAUUCGUAUUGUGAUGGGAUUCAUGCUUGUUGCUCUCAUCUGGAAGUUUGACUUCUCACCAUUCAUGGUCUUGAUCAUUGCCAUCCUCAAUGAUGGAACCAUCAUGACUAUCUCCAAAGACAGGGUCAAGCCAUCUCCUCUGCCCGACUCAUGGAAGCUGAAUGAAAUCUUCGCCACAGGGAUUGUCCUUGGGGCCUACAUGGCUAUCAUCACCGUGCUCUUUUUCUGGCUCGCUCAUGACACUGACUUCUUCACUGAGAAGUUUGGCGUGAGGCCAAUCCAUGAUAACAUAGAUGAGCUUACUUCAGCUCUCUACCUUCAAGUGAGUAUCAUCAGUCAAGCACUCAUCUUUGUGACAAGGUCAAGGAGCUGGUCCUUUGUUGAGCGCCCCGGUCUCUUGCUUGUUGGAGCCUUCAUUGCAGCACAGCUGGUUGCUACUCUCAUAGCCGUGUAUGCAAGCUGGGGCUUCGCCAGGAUCCAAGGCAUUGGAUGGGGAUGGGCAGGAGUUAUCUGGCUCUUCAGCUUGAUUACCUACAUCCCUCUUGAUAUCCUCAAGUUCAUCAUCCGCUACUCCUUGAGUGGCAAAGCCUGGGAUAACCUGCUUCAGAACAAGACCGCAUUCACGACAAAGAAGGACUACGGAAAGGGAGAGAGGGAGGCACAAUGGGCAGCAGCUCAACGUACCCUUCACGGCCUUUCACCCCCAGAAGCCAUUUUGAGCGAUAAGAGCUACCACGAGUUGUCAGAAAUAGCUGAGCAGGCCAAGAAGCGUGCUGAGGUUGCAAGGCUGAGGGAGCUCCACACUCUCAAGGGUCACGUUGAGUCAGUGGUCAAGUUGAAGGGGCUCGACAUUGAUACCAUCCAGCAGCACUACACGGUAUAAUUCAAGGGGUGGAACAAAUUCAAGGAUGGAGCACAGGGAAAGCUGAGAGACUAAACGAUUUUAAUAUUUCUCUCCUCCCUGCUUUGUUGUUGCCCUGAUUUUUUUUUUCUUUGGAGAGGGACAAAAAAUCGUGGGAUUAGUUGUUAUUGAUUUUGACAACCCUAUUAGAAUGGAAUGACAGAAAAGAUUAAAGAAAUUGUUACACCCAA